AUACUCCUCCUUGUUCCAUAGGGAAUCAUCGGGCGCCUUCAUUGCUGCCGACAUUCUCACUGUUCAUGAACUGAAUUCAGUUAUUUUGGGGACCUCGUAAUGGACUCUCAGAAAGAUGCCUUACAGAGGAUUAUUACCACAUUAGCAAACAAAAAUGAGGAGCUCAAUCAUUUCAUUGAAGCGCUGAAUCACACUUUGGGUCGAGUUCAGGUCAACUCCACACAGGUGGUGUCGGAUUUAGAGGAGGAAUUCGACACGCUGUACGCCAUGCUGGAGGAGAUGAAAGAGAGUAUGACGAGUACCAUCAAACAAGAAACAGUGCGGAAAUCACAUGAGCUUCAGAACCAGCUGACCCAGAGCACCAGUGCAUUGGAGAGUGCAGAGGAACUUCUGGAGUUCGCUAACAAUGCGCUGCACAUUACAGAUGACGGCGAGUUCACUAAGGCUGCCAAACAGAUCAAAGAUAGGGUCACGAUGGCUCCUGCCUUCCGCUUGACUAUGAAGCCCAAAGCCACAGAUAACAUGACGCACCUGAUGGUGGACUUCAGUCAGGAGAGACAGAUGCUGCAGGGCCUCCAGUUCCUCCCUGUGCCGAGAGCCCCAGAGAUCGUGCUCGGGGACUGUCUGGUGAUGGACAAUGAGGUGACCGUAACCUGGAGGAUGCCGAUGGAGGACAGCAAGAUCGACCAUUACAUCUUAGAGUACAGGAAGACCAGCCACGAGGGUCUGCCGCGCGUGAAGGACGAGCAGUGCUGGGAGGUGCUGGACGACAUCAGGACCACUGAACACACACUUCAAGGGUUAAGAUUCGACUCAAAAUUCAUGAACUUCCGGGUACGAGCAUGUAACAAAGCAGCCGCAGGUGAUUAUUCGGACCCGGUCACCUUGGAAACUAGAGCAUUUAACUUCAGCUUUGACUCCACGUCAUCUCAUCUGAAUCUGAAGGUGGAGGACCGGGGCGUCGAAUGGGAUCCGCAGGGAGGAAAAGGCCUAGACAGCAAAGUCAAAGGGAAGGAGAACAAGGGCAGCAGUGCACAUUUCACCAAUCUGAAGAAUAUGUCCAGAAGUGGAACUCCGUCUCCUAAACGAACAUCAGUGAGCCGCUCGCCGGCCACCAGAGGAGCCAGGGAUCGCUUCACCGGAGAGUCCUACACAGUUCUGGGUGACACGAGUGUAGAGUCUGGCCAGCAUUACUGGGAAGUGAAGCCUCAGAAAGACUGCAAGUCCUACAGUGUUGGUUUGGCCUACCGAAACCUUGGGAAAUUCGACCAGUUGGGGAAGACCAACAACACCUGGUGUGUCCACGUCAACAACUGGCUGCAGAACUCAUUUGCGGCCAAACACAACAACAAGGCGAAGAAUUUGGACGUGCCGGUACCUGACAGCAUAGGAGUCUACUGUGACUUUGAUCGGGGCCAACUUGCUUUCUAUAAUGCUGAAAACAAACAAUUACUCCAUACUUUUAAGAUGAAGUUCACCCAACCUGUUGUUCCAGCUUUCAUGGUGUGGUGUGGCGGUCUGACUCUGACGACGGGCCUGCAGGUUCCCAGUGCUGUAAGAAGCUUCCAGAAAACAGAAAAUGGUCUGGGAGGAUCGAACAGCAGCAUCUCUCAGCAGGAUCCCUCCGUGGCCUGUGAUAUCUGCUUCUACGAUAAACUGCCUUCAGUGGACGCUUCCCUCCUGCCGUGAACCAUCAGGAAGACCUGAUACCUGGACACACCUGCGAUGGCCGAGGCAUGUAGACUUCCAGGACGAGGACAGCUUUGACCAGCAGAAAAACACGGAGAGACGUUUCCCUUCACGUUCUCUUUGACAGACACUUGCUUUCAUCAGGAGAUGUUUGCAUCAGAAAAGCUAGUCGCUUUAUCAGGGAAUAGUUGAGUGCACUUUCUUUUACUGACUUAGGUUGAAUGAUGACAUGCUUUUUUGAGUUGUUUGUCUUUCACUACUUGAUUUUCAUAUUAUGUUAGUUUUGUUCUGUGUAGCGUGAGUGUUUUAUCUUUUCUCUGUAAAUGUCCUGAGAUCCGAAACUCUGUAGAUCAUCCUUCAGUUGGGGAAUUCGACUCUUGGAAAGGUUUGCACAAGUGUAAAAAUGAUAAAAGCUGCUUUUAUGGUCAUGUACUGUUAUUAUAUCUGGAUAGUAAUUUUGGAUGUGGACUGUACGUUUUUGUUGUGUACAUGUGUCAUCCCGAGUUUAAGUUGAUUUUUA